AUGGUCUAUAGUUAUGUACACUUCAGUAUUCUUGUUUUGAUACUUUCGACAUUGUUCUUCUGCUCAAAAAUUUUUGCGUGUUCGUGUUCGAAACGCAUAAAUUCUUUAGAGACAGAUUUCGAAGCAACUGAUUAUAUUUUCAUUGGUACUGUGACAAAAACAACAAUAACUUGGAGAAACAACGAGUCGGAAGCUAGUCGCGAUGUUCAAAUUCACAUUGAUGAAGUUUUUAAGCAACCAAUAAUAUCGAAUAAUCAAUCAAUAACAAUAUACACUCCGAAAGAUCGAUCUGGAUGUGGUCUUAAAAUGAAAGUGAAUCAACGAUGGCAAGUUUGGGCUAAAUAUACAACUAUGUUUUCAGAUGAUAAUAAUCGUCGCUGGCUAACGGUUGAUACUUGUGGACGUACUACUAAAAUCUAUAAUCGGUAUGGUAAACAGCUGCGCCGAUUGUCUAAUAUGACAUCAAUUGAAGAAAAACUUAUUUAUUAA